ACGGGGCUGAUGGUGGCGUGUUACCAGGGUUACGUUGACGUUGUCAUAGCGUUGGCUCAGUGUUGUCACCUGGAUGUCAACUGGCAGGACACUGAGGGGAAUACCGCCCUCAUCACAGCUGCACAGGCAGGUCACAUAAUGAUCAGUAACUACCUGUUGAACUACUUCCCUGGUCUGGACAUAGAGAGGAGGAACUGCCGGUUCACUGCUCUGAUGAAGGCUGCUAUGCAAGGCAGGGUGGAGUGUGUACGAGCCCUGAUGCUAGCAGGAGCUGACAUGGAGGCAAGGGACUUUGGUCGUCAGCUGACCUCCAGAGAGUGGGCGUUUUUCACAGGACGCUACGACAGCGCCUGGGCCAUGACACGCCUCCACUCCAGACCCUGUCCUUAUCAACUGUGUGACGCAUACAGUCCAGAGUGGCCCCAGCUUGCUUCUCUAGUAUCUAAGGCCCGGGAGCCUCGAGGCUGUAUGCAGCGUAUAUCAGACACCAUACGAAACGCUCUGACAUUUGCCAACAUCACAGAGCCUCACGACGAAGGAGUAUUAGAUCACCUAGUCACCAUGACAACAGCACUGGGGAGCCCCUUCGUGGCAAUGGCUUGUUCCACAGUGUGUCCAGCAAGCCCACCCUGCGUGGGUAAACGUCGCUACUCCGUCCCAGAGAUCCUCCGACGCCAACGGGCCAAAGAACUGAAAACCCAGAACCCUGAGAGGCUCGACAACCACAGCAAACUCUUCCAGAACUCACAAGUCACUCUGGUGCCCAAAUCUCCAAAGGACCGGCGAACCAUCCUGCUGCCGUCGAACAAAAACCCCACCACGACUAACCCUACCCUCGGUAAGGUGUCUGGGGCUGGGGCCUCUUCCUCCAUGGCCCUGAGAAAGACUAGCCUGCUGCCUCUGGGUAUGGUGAAGUGUAGCAGUGUGCGGCCGGGGAUGUCCAUUCCCAAGGUCAGAAUCUCUAAGGCCCCAACGCCGACCUUUGAACCUGAGAGGGUCCACAGGAAGAGCAGUUUUAAAGACGGAGGGGGCGACUUCCUGCAGCUUCCCAAGUGGAGGUAUAAAGAACUGAAGGAGGAGAGGAAGAGAGCGGAGGAGGCGGAGAGGAGGAGGGUGGAGGCGGCCARGAGGCGGCACCUGGGUUCCAGGAAGAGGAAAUGACAUCGUAGGAGGAAGUGAUGUCACUCCACCCUGUCCUCCACUGUUGCCUAGGUAGCAGUUCAGAGUUAUUUGUUUUGCUUUUUGAGGCAGUAAAAGUGACAGUGCUUUAUUUUCUAAUGCGUUUGAUUCACAAAAUCAGCAGUAUUUUUUUAUAGUGUGAUUUCUUUAUUACCUGACACUUACCCAGGCUACAAACCCAUAUGAUCUGACUGUGUACAGAUCAUGUUUCACUAAUAUAUCUGACACAUCACACGUUGAAACUUUAUUGCCUAAAAUGAUGAUACUAUACGCUUCGGGAAGGGUUAGAAUGGGACAAAUAUAAAGGGUUAAAAUAUUGCGUAGCCUAUAAAACCUUUGAGUAAGCCUACCAGCAUGUCAAACUGACUUAUCGUCAAAGAUAAACARAAGAUAAGCAUUAUUUUGUAACCAAUGGCAUUUGACUGACAUUUUUAGAUAGGAAUUGUGCUUUGAUAUGUUGAAAUGGCAUCUACUUUAUAUUGGCUUUUUGAAAGCUUUUCUAAUUCUGUGAAUGUAUUUUGCAUAUAGAUUGUACCUCAUCAGGUAUUUUUUUAUUAUGAGUAUACUAUAUAUAAACUGUUUUUAUUUUCUAAUAAAGUAGGCAUAUUUUGAGAAUGUGAAUAAAAAAAGAAAUGUCUUAGAGCAAUAUUAUGUAUCAAAUGGGGGAAAACUAAAACUAUAUCCUGAAAUGUUUACAUGUUAUGAAUGAGAUCAAAGUAUUGCUACUCUGACCUCAGAUCAACAUCUAGGAGCACCUUCAUCAUGUGCUUAUUACAAACACAGGUGUGUAUUCCGAUCAGACAGAAGCCAUACUAUUGGUUGAGAAGUUGAACAGAAAAUAAAGGAUGAAAAUAAUAGCUGGGAGGUAGGAUCACAAAUGGCAACUGGAAAGUCUUGAUAUAAUAUAGUAUUAUUUUGGUAGGGAUUUAUAUAAUAUAGUAUUAUUAUGGUAGGGGUUGAUAUAAUAUAGUAUUAUUUUGGUAGGGAUUUAUAUAAUAUAGUAUUAUUUUGGUAGGUAUUUAUAUAAUAUAGUAUUAUUAUGGUAGGGAUUUAGAUAAUAUAGUAUUAUUAUGGUAGGGAUUGAUAUAAUAUUAUUAUGGUAGGGAUUGAAGAGAACAAUCUAGAAGAAAAAGAAACGCCCACCUAUUUAGGCGAGGUGCUGGUUAGCGGAGUAGAAAACUUAAAAAUAAA